UGUCGGCGCUGCCUGGCGCGUGCGCGGCUCAGCCAUGAGGGUGGUGGUGGGUGGAGGGACUGGCUUCGUGGGCAGAACUCUGACCCAGCUGCUGCGGAGCCGCGGGCACCAAGUGACCCAUGUGUCUCGACAGGGGGGCAAGGAUCGGAUCAGCUGGGAAGACGUGUCCCGCACUGGACUGCCCCUGUGCGAUGCCGUGGUCAACUUGGCUGGCGAAAAUGUGCUCAACCCUUUCCGCAGAUGGGGUGCUGCCUUCUGCAGGGAAGUCAUCAGCAGCCGGGUUGAGACCACAAAGACCUUGGCCAAAGCCAUUGUUGAUGCUGAACAGCCACCCCGUGCUUGGGUCCUCGUCACUGGCGUAGGCUAUUACUGCCCCAGCCCCACAGCUGAGUAUACUGAAGACAGUCCCGGAGGGGAUUUUGACUUCUUCUCACGCCUGGUGAGCUCCUGGGAGGCUGCAGCUCUCAUCCCUGGGAGCCCAACUCGUGGAGUUGUGGUGAGAUCAGGUGUAGUGCUGGGUCGAGGUGGUGGUGCAAUCUCUCAGAUGCUUUGGCCUUUCCGUCUGGGACUUGGAGGCCCCUUGGGCUCUGGGCUGCAGCCCUUCCCAUGGAUCCAUAUUCGGGACCUGGCUGGGAUCGUGUGUCACGCCCUGGAGAGUGAGAGCCUGCGAGGUGUCCUCAACGGUGUCGCCCCAUCCUCCCCUGCCACCUCCAAUGGCACCUUUGCUCGGGAGUUGGCUGCAGCCCUGGGGCGCCCAGCCCUGCUGCCAGUGCCUGCCUGGGCUGUGCGGGCUGCCUUUGGGGCAGAGCGGGCUGUUAUGCUGCUGGAGGGACAGAGGGUGCUGCCAAAACGCACCCUGGAGAGUGGCUACCACUUCAUCUUCCCUGACCUGGCUGGAGCUCUGAAGGACAUUGUGUCUUGAGGCCUCCUCGGCUGGGCUGGGCCCUGUUUUUGUGAGCUCACAUGCGUUCCCCUGGGUGAAGGAGAGGAGCCCUGCCCCUGGACACUUCCCCAUUCCCAUCCAGAGAGGGUGAGCGAUGUUUUCCCCCUCUGCCUCACUGUAUGCACUCCCAGUGUGAGUCAUCCCUCUUACUGCCAUCUGCAAUCUCUGCGUUACCUGUAUUUGGGGAAGGGCACAAGCCCCUCUAAGGAUUGUGUCUGUGGAAUUGCAUAUCUCCUUUUCCACAAUGUGCAUGUGAACUGCUGGCAAAGCAGCUGGGGCUGUAAUGUCUUCUUCCCUGAGAGGUGGCUGGCAUCAGGAAACUGGUUGUAAUUAUCAGCUUUGUAAUUCUUCCAUGGAAGUUUUCCCUCCUGUCUUUCCUCCAUGAUGACAUAGAAACCUACUUAUGCUCUUCUGCUUUGCCUGUCUCAUUCUCAGUGGUUGUGGGAGAAGAUCCAUCUUUAGAGGAUGUUACACUCCAGUUUUUAAGCUGUAAGAUGCCUAGAGUGGUUAUAUUUUUAUUUAAGACUUUUUAAAAAGCCUUUUGGUUCAUUAUAACCUCAAAUUAGUGUCUGGAGAAAGAGUCACACACUCUUCUCUAAGAGAAAUUCUUCUAAUUUAGUGAGGAAAAUAAGAUAUUUUGGCAAAGGGUUUUACAGGAGUAAAAUACAACCAGGAAAAAAGCAUUUCACUAAAACAUUCAGCACAAAAACCCAUUCCACAGAAAACACUCACUACAAUCAAUCAAUAUACCAGCUUUAGUGAAACACAGUUCAUUGGUGUUGUUACCCACAAGAGCAGGGAAAGAGUAAAAGAAGAAAAGGGAUUAAAAGAGUAAAGAGAGAGAAGGAAAAGAGGAGAGAGAGAGAAAAGCAAAAAUGGUUACUGACAAAAUCUGAUGGUUCACAUAGUUCAGGCUGCAGGAAAGGAGAGAAGGCGGCGGCUCAUGUAGAGUCUCGUGUAUUUAUAGAGUUCAGUUUUCCCUCCCAGGCAGGAUAUCACCAUUUAGAGCUUUCCAGGCCAGAGUGAGUUGUGCUGUAGCCACUGACAGGCUCCAGGGGUGUGGUGUGGGUGGGCUGCCUUCAGCUCUGCCCUGACUGACAGCCCAGCUACAGGCCCUCAGCUCUGCCAGGUGCUCUCAGCAGGCCUUACAGUGUUCCUGCAGGUGUACACCCAGCUGUUCUUCACACACACACUCACAGUUGGUUCCAACCCAUGUCAACCAUGCAGUGAGAUUCAGAUCCAUUAUCUCUGGGAGUACAAAGGGUGCUGAAUUGCAUGGAGACUCUGCCAUCUCUUUUCUUGUGGCUGGUACCAAGCUGAUGUGUCGGUACCUCCAGGUGAGUCAAAUCCCAAGAGUCACACCCCUCCAGGGUUGCAUGCCCCUCAUGCUGUGGCAGGGAUGAAGGAGAACACUACUUUUUUAGGGAAAAGGGUGCAAUGGGACUGUGGUCCCUGGACUGCUCUUGAGGCCUUGGCUAAAUGCCCACUACAUCCGAGCUUGUGCUGAGGAGAAACUGGGUUCAUCUUGGUGUGAGAAAGUGCCAGUCACUGCUUUAGUCUGAAGGAGCAUUUUCAGCUAUUGCCAUUGUACUUAUCUCAGACCAGUGUGGUUUUCUUGUGUUCAUCCCAUGAGGUGGUACUUGUGCUCAGGGGGUUCCCCCUGACUGGGCAGUGAGAAUAUCCAGGCUGCCUGGGCUGCAUUGGGGAGCAGUACCUCUCAUGGAGAAGACUGCAGUUUCAUCAUCUCAUACUGUAAGGAAAGGUAUCCCUUUGCUUCCCUUAACCCUCUGUGAAAUCCACAGAGCAGGUACCUUCAGUAUAGCACUGCUUCUGGGGAAAUAUUCUUAGUGUGAUGUAAAUUGGGGCUAGAAAAUUCCAUUAAAAGGUAGUUCAGGCAGAUAAAAAAACCUGCUUUGUUUCUGAAAUAAGAAACCAUCCAGAACAAAGCAAUCCAUGUAUUUCUGGUUUAGGUCAGGUUAAUGUAGUUGCAGUAGCUGAAGGAUCAGAACUGGUGAAGUCCACUCUCUUGCCUCUUUGCUCAGUCUGCACUGGAAAUAGAAUGGCAAUCUGCUGACUUUCCAGGCAGGAAAAUUAGAAUGUGACUGUCUAGAUGGAACUGGAGAUAGUCCUUGCAGUCAGUGUAAGAAGAGGUAGGUGAAAUGGCACUUCAGGAAUAGCCAUGAAAGCAACGUGGUCUGAGAUAAAUGUGGUUUGCUUGCACUGUGUCUGUGCUGCCUGUAAGUUAGGUGCAGGUUCCUUCUUCCCAUGUGCUUCAGCCUCCUGUCCAUGAGAGCAGGCUGACCUACUGUGAGGUACAGACCCAGUUCCUUGUGGGACAAUCAGCAGUGCUGCUCUGGUUACUCCAGCUUUUUUUUCGGGCUCAGGCUUCAGUCAUCUCUCACAAAUGCUGUGGCCUGCAGCAUCCUUCUGUCCUCCAAGAUGAUUAGCCAGCCCAGUUAAGGUGUUUCUAGCAGUAUGCACCUUGGUGAUUACAAUAGCUUUGGGUUGUGAUCGGAAAUGAAAACAAGGUGGCUGGAGAAGAACUGUCAAUCUGCUACUCUUCUGAAAGAGGGUUUGUAUCCCACAGUCUCUGUUCUGCUUAGUUCCCAUCUCAGCACUCCUGAAGGAAGUCCUUGGACAAGGAAGGAGCACAUCCACUUGCUCUGAAUGGGAGGCCGUGGGUGAUGGGCUCUGGAUGUUCUGAGAUUUGUUUGACACUUAAGUUGAAAGCUUCCAUUGGGAGUUAAAACAUUACAUUCCUUCAGUGCCAAGAGAAAGUAAAAGCCAAAGCUGUUUUCACUGUGAAGAAGUGUAGAUUGCUGUGUGAUUAUGAACAGACAGCACAGUUGAGGACAGACAGGACAGGACAGGAGUAUUUUGUGCACAUAAUUGCACAGAUAUGCAGAAAUAAAAGCAGAUAUCUACAUAUGCAAAACAGGGGAGCAUUAAUGAUCUGAUAAAGACUUUGGUGCCUAUUAAGUAAACUGUGGGAACAAGCUGAGUCACUGCACCUGCAUUUAGUUAAUUGGAAUCAAAAAGGAGGAUCGACUUUGGCUAAGUGCUUUGACAGAAUGUUAUGUCUCAAAUUGGAAAACUACUUCAAACAGUCUGCAUGAUAGUGUGUGUUUUUCUCUCAUGGCUGAACACAGCCACCACAUGAUGUGAGUGUGAAUGUGUGGGAUCAAGGCACUGGUUUGGGACAAUCCUGGGAAUUCCAGUGGACUAAAAGAAAAACACCAGGUGCUGCUUACGAGAGAAUAUGAAUAAAACGGGAACACCGAAAA